GCCGAACACAAUGUACCAGAUUAGCUAAUAGGGUACAACAAUCUACCAACAAAUAAGGUGUUUUACAUAGAAAAAAGAAAAUCCAUAAAAUGUGUUAAUGCCAGAAUGGUUUUAUGACAUCUUCAGAAUAUGACAGAUUCACAUUCAAUUGGAAAGAAUGUUUGUGAACCCUCAUCUUCACCACAUAAAAGAAAUAUGAAUCGUCCGCUCUGUGGAAUAGCUUUGUUUGGUCCGAGAAAUGAAAUUUUUGGUGAAAUGAAAAACCGACUAAAAUCAAGAUCAACUGGACAUUCAGAUACUAAAGAAUCUCCUUCAGAAAUGUUGACGAACAAUGCAGUUGAACAGAAGGAACCAUCUUCAUAUGACAAUACUUCUUCUAGCACGUCAGCGAACUCCAGUCCCAGAUCAUCAAUAUAUGAUGAUUUUGAACAAUCUGAGUCGAAAACGGUAUCAGAUAUUUUAUUGAAUCGUGCACGUAAACCUCCUACACGAAAGCCGACCUUGAAUCGUUGCUCAGAUGUUCCUAAUAGACAAUCAUUUAAUACUUCUAGUACUUCAAUUAUAUUUCAUCCAAAUGAUAAUUCCCAAAUACUCGAUGGUUUAACGGAAUUUUUCAAUCCAAACAGUUAAUUGCUGUACAGACUGGAUGCUCCGACAACUAUUUGUGUUCAACCCUUCUCAUAAUGAGCUGUGAACCUCGAUUACACAUCUUAUUUUCUUGAAUCUAUCUAAUUAGUUAUAUAACAAGACAACACAGCGAUACCAGCUGCUUGACCACUUGAUUUAAACAUGUAAAGUAACACUAUAUAUUUCCUUUUGCAUCUAUUCCCAUAGAAUAAAUAAAAAUAUGCAACAACCCAGUAGUAUUAAAACAUUCUGUUUUGUCCUAUAUAUUAUUAGACUUAUAAUCUUUCCCCUUGUCUAUUAUUGUUUCGAUAUUUCACAUGGUACCAGAUUAAGCUGUUGUAAACACUGACGUUGUGAUUAAAUUCAUUUGUAUAAUGUUUUGUUAGUUUGCUCAUCACCUUUAGAUAGUUAUCUAAUCAGUAGGGGCGAGAGAUCGGAAUAAUACCAUCAUCAAUUGCUC